CCCUGGAGCCGCGUCUGGCCCCGCGCCAGUCUCCCACCCCCGCCGCCCGCGCCGGUCCCGCCCCACGAGGCGACUUGCCUCUGCCCGCGGGUGGACGGUCCUGGGUGGGGCAGCUGCGCCUUUGGGACGGCCCCGCGGAGCAGAGUCCAGAGCGGGCGGCACCUGAGCCCCGCGGGGAAACCGAGGCCGGCUCCGCGCCACCGUCUGGAGACCCUGUGGGUCGCACCCUCCCACCCCAGAUCGCCCGAGUCCUUUGCCAGAAACUCUCGGCGAAGUUCUACUCGGGGCGGAACCUGCGGCGCGCGGGACCAGCGCUUGAACUCCGCGGCGCGCUCCCGGGUCCACCUUGCGCCACCCCGAGCGCGGGCGGGGAGCGGCUGCCGGGAAACCCUAUGAACUCUCCAGAAAGGGUGUGACGAAGGGUCCCGCGGGGCGCGGCCCGGCCUCCGGGUCCCCUCGGAGCAGCUCGGGGGCAGUAGAGCGGUGGAGCGGUAGAGGAUGAGCCUGCGGUCUCUGGGGACCUCUGCGCGGUAAUGCCAGCAUGAUGUUUGACUCAGGUGGAAUGUGGUGCUGCCAUUGGAAAUGGAAGCCCAGCAUCCUUCUGCUCCUAACUGCGUUAUGCAUCAUUUGUAAUCCUCACUCUGUGUGGGGAUGUGCCAACUGCAGAGUUACCUUAUCCAGCCCUUCUGGAACCUUUACUUCUCCGUGCUACCCUAAUGACUACCCUAACACCCAGGCUUGCUUGUGGACCAUCCGAGCCCCUACCGGCUACAUCAUUCAGAUUACGUUUAAUGACUUCGACAUUGAAGAAGCUCCCAAUUGCAUUUAUGACUCAUUAUCCCUUGAUAAUGGAGAAAGCCAGACUAAAUUUUGUGGAGCAACUGCCAAAGGCCUGUCAUUUAACUCAAGUGUGAAUGAGAUGCAUGUGUCCUUUUCAAGUGACUUUAGCAUCCAGAAGAAAGGUUUCAAUGCCAGCUACAUCAGAGUUGCUGUGUCCUUAAGGAACCAAAAGGUCAUUUUUCCCCAGACACUAGAUGCUUACCAGGUAUCACUUGCAAAAAGUGUCUCCAUUCCAGAACUCAGUGCUUUCACACUCUGCUUCGAAGUCACCAAGCUUGACAAUGAAGACAGUGACUGGAUGGCUUUCUCCUACUCAGACGCAUCCCUCACACAGUUGCUUAGCUUUGGAAAGACUAACAACGACUACUUCCUAUUCAUUUCUGACUCAAAAUGCUUACUGAACAGUGCAUUACCUGUGAAGGAAAAAGAAGACAUUUUCACAGAGAACUUCGAGCAGCUCUGCAUUGUGUGGAAUAAUACUUCGGGCUCCGUUGGUAUAAAUUUCAAGAGAAACUAUGAAACAGCUCCAUGUGAUUCCACCAUUGGUUCAGUCAUUUCUGGGAAGGGGAAAUUGCUGCUGGGCUCCAAUAGAAAAGAAAUUGCAUCUCUAAAGGGGAGCAUUUAUAACUUUCGCCUUUGGAAUUUUACCAUGGAUUGGAAAAUCUUCUCCAACCUCAGCUGUAGUGUGCAAGGAAAUAUUGUGGACUGGCAAAAUGAUUUUUGGAGUAUCCCAACCCAGGCUCUGAAAGCUGAGAGCAACCUGAGCUGUGGUUCCUACCUGAUCCCUCUCCCAGCGGCAGAGCUAGCCAGCUGCUCAGACCUGGGAACCCUCUGUCAAGAUGGGGUUAUGUUUAGAAUAUCUGUGGCAAUCCACAACAUCGUUAAUCAUCCUGAACUGAAAGUACAGAGCAAAGUGGCAGAAUGGCUCAAUUCAACCUUUCAGAAUUGGAACUAUACUGUUUAUGUGGUUAAUAUAAGUUUUCACCAAAGCACAGGCGAAGACAAGAAUAAAGUCAAGAGAAGCAUCACGGAUGAUCAGAGGUUGGUGCUGUGGGCCCUUCUAGUUUACAAUGCCACCAACCAUGCCCACUUGGAGGGAGAACUCAUUCAGCAGAAGCUGUUAACAAAUAACGCAUCCCUGGAUGAGGGCUUGAGGCUAUACACAGUGAGCGUGAGGCAACUGGGUAUUUGUAGUGCCUUGGAGGAUGAGGAAGGCUUUAGCUGGCCAGCCAUCCCACCUUCGGUCUACACACUACCCUGUCCAAACAAGCCUGGCUUUUUUGUUAUGAGGACAUGCCUUUCUAAUGGGACAUCAACCUUCUGGGGCCCCUUUGAUGCUUCCAACUGUUCAAGGCAAUCAAAUGAAGUUGCCAGUGAGAUAUUAGACUUGACUACUGAUGGGCAGAAUCUAACCUCGGCCAAUAUUAACAGCAUUGUAGAACAGGUCAAAAGAAUUGUGAACAAAGAGGAUAACAUUGAUAUAACACUCGGCUCCGCGCUAAUGAAUAUAUUUUCCAAUAUCUUAAGCAGUUCAGAUAGUGACUUGCUUGAGUCUUCUUCUGAAGCUUUAAAAACAAUCGAUGAGCUAGCCUUCAAGAUCGACCUGAAUAGCACCCCACGUGUGAAUAUCACAACUCAGAAUUUGGCUCUUGGAGUUUCAUCCCUGACACCAGGGACAAAUAUAGUUUUAAAUUUUAGCAUUGGUCUUCCAAGCAACAAUGAAUCAUAUUUCCAGAUGGACUUUGAGAAUGGACAAGAGGAUCCCCUGGCAUCCGUGAUUUUACCUCCAAAUUUACUUGAGAAUUUAAGUCAAGAGGAUUCUUCAUUAGUUAGAAGAGCACAGUUUACUUUCUUCAACAAAACUGGACUUUUCCAGGAUGUGGGACCUCAAAGAAAAACCCUCGUGAGUUACGUGAUGGCAUGCAGCAUUGGAAACAUCACUAUCCAGGAUCUUAAAGAUCCUGUUCAAAUCAAAAUCAAACACACCAGAACUCAGGAAGUGAAUCAUCCCAUCUGUGCCUUCUGGGAUCUGAACAAAAACAAAAGUUUCGGAGGAUGGAACACCUCAGGAUGCAUUGCACACACAGACUCAGAAGCCGGUGAGACCAUCUGCCUCUGUAAUCACUUUACUCAUUUCGGAGUCUUGAUGGACCUUCCCAGAAGCGCCUCACAAAUAGAUGGAAGGAACACAAAAGUCCUCACUUUCAUCACCUAUAUCGGGUGUGGAAUAUCCGCUAUUUUCUCAGCAGCAACUCUCCUGACAUACAUUGCUUUUGAGAAACUACGCAGAGAUUAUCCCUCCAAAAUCCUGAUGAACUUGAGUUCAGCGCUGCUCUUCCUGAACCUCAUCUUCCUCCUGGAUGGCUGGAUCACUUCCUUUGAUGUGGCUGCACUCUGCACCGCUGUCGCUGCCCUGCUGCACUUCUUCCUCCUGGCCACCUUCACCUGGAUGGGGCUGGAAGCAAUCCACAUGUACAUUGCUCUUGUGAAAGUCUUUAAUACUUACAUCCACCGGUAUAUUCUAAAAUUCUGCAUCAUUGGCUGGGGUUUGCCAGCCUUGGUAGUAUCAAUUAUUCUAGCAAGCAGAAAACAAAAUGGAGUAUAUGGGAAAGAAAGUUAUGGGAAAGAGCAAGAUGAUCAAUUCUGCUGGAUUCAGGAUCCUGUGGUGUUUUAUGUGACCUGUGCUGGGUACUUUGGAGUCAUGUUCUUCCUGAAUGUUGCCAUGUUCAUUGUGGUCAUGGUACAGAUCUGUGGGAGGAAUGGAAAGAGAAGCAACAGGACCCUGAGAGAAGAGAUUUUAAGGAACCUGCGCAGUGUGGUCAGCCUGACCUUCCUGCUGGGCAUGACGUGGGGUUUUGCUUUCUUUGCCUGGGGACCCUUAAAUAUCCCUUUCAUGUACCUCUUCUCCAUCUUCAAUUCAUUACAAGGUUUAUUCAUAUUUAUCUUUCACUGUGCCAUGAAGGAGAACGUGCAGAAACAGUGGAGACGCCAUCUCUGCUGUGGUAGAUUCCGGUUAGCAGACAACUCAGAUUGGAGUAAGACAGCUACCAAUAUCAUCAAGAAGGGUUCUGAUAACCUAGGAAAAUCUUUGUCUUCAAGUUCUAUUGGGUCCAACUCAACCUAUCUCACAUCCAAAUCUAAAUCCAGCUCUACCACCUAUUUCAAAAGGAAUAGCCACUCAGAUAAUUUCUCCUAAGAGCAUUCCUUCAGCAAAAGUGGAUCGUUCAGACAGUGCCUCUGUGGACAAAUCCUUGCCAAAAUUGACCCAUGCUGGUGGAGAGCAAACAUCAAUCAUCCCUGUCCAUCAGGUUAUUGAUAAGGUCAAGGGUUAUUGUAAUGCUCACUCAGAUAACUUCUAUAAAAAUAUUAUCCUGUCAGACACCUUCAGCCACAGCACAAAGUUUUAAUGCCAUUAAUAUGAGAAACGAGAAAUGUGAAACUCUUCAAGCAGCGAGAGCAGCGACAGUAGAAGUAAAUGUGCUGUUCCGAGUUUGUUGUGAAAGCUUUGGUGAAAUGAGGAAUUCAUCUUUCCAGUGUAUUUCUUCCGUCAGGAGUUCCAGUCAUCCACACAGCUCCAGUCCUGAGAACUCUGAGCGCUCAGUAGUCAGAGGAGACAGAACUGUUUAGAAUGUGUAAUUGAAUCAGACUCACCAGAACUCCAAGGCUGGGGAGGAGACGCUGAAAUUAGAGGACAAAGGAGGAACAAAAUCAAGGUCAAACCAUAAUUUAGAUCUCCUCUAUCACGCCUCACAGUUGGUGUGGAUGGGGCAUGAUUUUGAUAAUGGUAGUACAUAAAACAUACUAAUUAAUAUUUGUGACUAUUCUAAAUGCCCACAGGUUCUAUUCUAGUGCUAUUUUCUAUGCCUAUAACAGUAUUUUCAUUUUCAAUUAAAUUUCAGCCUUAAAUAGAAA